GUAUACGAUAUAAGUGAUUUAUAAACAAGUGCAUACGACCGCUGAACAAAUACCGGCGGCUUAGUGUUUGGUUGCUCAAAUCUCAAUCCGUUUAAAUCCGGUGCCAAUUAAUUGGUUUCCGUCAUUGUUUCGCCAACUGUUUCCGGUUCAACAUCAUCGAAGUAUUGACAUUUUUUCUAUUUGUUUUUUUUUUCCUAUUCCAUUUUAUUUCUGUUUCCUCGUAACAAGCGAUCAUGAAGUUGAUGCGCGGUUUGAUCGUGUUCUCUGGGUUCCUUUUGAACUCCAUACUCGCCGACUCCGUUGUUGAUCUAUCGGACUCAGAUUUCGAUUCGUCGGUAGCUGAAUAUGACACGUCUUUGGUUAUGUUCUAUGCCCCAUGGUGCGGACACUGUAAGAAAUUGAAACCUGAAUUCGAGAAGGCAGCCAAGAGUCUCCUGAAAGAAGAUCCACCUGUAACAUUAGCAAAGGUGGAUUGUACAGAAGCUGGUAAAGAAGUAUGUAAUAAGUUUGGUGUUUCUGGAUAUCCAACUUUAAAAAUUUUCAGAAACGGUGAAGUUUCUAAAGAAUAUAAUGGUCCCCGUGAUUCUGCUGGCAUUGUCAAGUACAUGAAAUCACAAGUCGGGCCAAGUUCAAAAGACUUAUCAUCAGAAGACAUUAUUAAGAACUUCUUAUCUAAAGAUGACGUGGUAGUUGUUGGAUUCUUUGAAACAGAAACUGAUCUCAAGGGUAAAUUUGUUCAACUUGCUAACAAAUUACGUGAAAAAGUAAACUUUGGUCAUACCACUUCACAAUCAGUUAUUGACAAAUAUAAUUACAAGAAUAACGUUGUACUCUAUAGACCUAAACAUUUAAGUAACAAAUUUGAACCAGAUUUUGUUGUUUAUGAUGGUGAAGAAUCAACAUCAGCUUUAGAAGCUUGGAUUACAUCAAAUUAUCAUGGUUUGGUUGGUUACCGUCAAAAAGAAAACAUGGAAGCUUUCAAACCUCCUUAUGUUGGAGUCUAUUAUGCUGUUGACUAUGUUAAAAAUCCAAAAGGAACAAAUUACUGGCGUAAUAGAGUAUUGAAAGUUGCCAAGUCUGUGAAAGAUGUUACAUUAGCUAUAAACAACAAGGAUGAUUUCCAACAUGAAAUCAAUGAGUAUGGAUUAGAGUUUGUAUCAGAUGACAAGCCUAUAGUUUUGGCACGUUCUUUGGACAACAAGAAAUACAUAAUGAAGGAUGAAUUCUCAGUUGAAAAUUUAGAAAAGUUUGUUAAGAAUUUCCAAAACGGUAACUUAGAACCUUACAUUAAAUCAGAAGCAGUUCCAGAAGAUAACACUACACCAGUAAAAGUAGCUGUUGCCAAAAACUUUGAUGAUUUAGUUAUUAACAAUGGAGUUGACACAUUAGUAGAAUUCUAUGCCCCGUGGUGUGGCCAUUGUAAAAGUUUAGCUCCAGUUUAUGAACAAGUUGCUGAAAAGUUAAAAAAUGAAGCUGUGUCUUUGGUAAAAAUGGAUGCAACUGCAAAUGAUGUUCCUUCUACUUUUGAUGUUCGUGGAUUCCCGACCUUAUAUUGGUUACCAAAAGAUAGCAAAAAUAAGCCUAUUCGUUAUGAGGGAGGCCGAGAAGUUAAUGAUUUUAUCAAGUAUAUAGCAUCUAAGGCUACAAAUGAACUCAAUGGUUUUGAUAGGUCUGGAAAUCCCAAGGAUGGCAAAAAUGAACUGUAAACAGCAAAUUAUCAGUUCUAAAUUAAACCACAAGGCUGAUUUAAUAAUUUUAUUGAAAUUGGACUACUCUUUUUUUUAAAUUAAAUAUUGAGUAGAGAGGAGAAAUAAUUUUUGAAUCAUUCCAAAUUCAAUACAAAACUAACUACUUUAAAUUAUUCUUGAAAUAGAUUAUGCAAAUAUACAUUUUAUAGAUAAUUCAUGCUCCAUUUUCCUAAUCAUAUCUGUUGAAGUAAAAAGUUAUUGUAAUUAAAUAUGAUUAUUCUGUAACUAAAAUUAUAAUUUUAAUAAAUAUGUUGUGAUUUUCUA